AAUGAAGUACUUGGGGUCUAUCUAUAUAUUAUUGUAUUCAUUUGGCGCCGUCAUUUGCUGCAAAGAAAGUGAUUUACAGUUUUGGGUAAGUGACGUUGAAGGAUUCCCUCAGCAGAAGAAUUUCUUUAAACAAGGAUGUCUCUCCCCUAGCUCAGAUUCAAGUGGAUCUCAUAUAACAGUCGACCUGAACAAACAUCACCAGAAGAUGUUGGGAUUUGGUGCCGCAAUGACGCAUUCUUCCGCAUAUCUGAUCUUCAAUAGUCCCCAUAGAAAUCAGAUCAUGGAAUCCUUAUUUUCAUCCUCUAAAGGGGCUGGUAUAAAUGUAAUCAGGAUGCCGAUAGAUGGUUCUGACUUCGUGCCGAAUCAACCCUACACGUAUGCCGAUUCCGGCAAUAUUAACGAUUUCAGCAUAAACAAGGACAAACAGUACAUGAUCCCAAUCUUGAAGCAAGCCCUCAGCUUGAACCCACAUUUAGAGAUAAUAGCAUCACCAUGGAGUGCUCCGGCAUGGAUGAAAUGGGCUCCAUAUUGGAACAACCAAAGAUCAUCUCUAAAUGGUGGUUCUUUCAAUAUGAAAUAUGCAGAUACCUAUGCUACGUACCUUGUAAAAUUUAUUCAAGCUUAUCAACAUGAAGGUGUCAACAUCUAUGCCAUGACUAUUCAGAAUGAACCGGGAUUUGAAGCCGAUGGAUAUCCGACCAUGAAGUUAGGUGCUCCAGAUGAACGAGAUUUUGUAAAGGUGCUGGGUCCAAAGUUUGCUAGCGCCAAUAUACACACUAAAAUCAUCAUCUACGAUCAUAAUUGGGAUCAUCCAGAAUAUCCCAUCAGUGUUCUCAACGAUCAUACAGCCAAGCGCUAUAUCUCUGGUUCAGCCUUCCAUUGUUAUGGUGGUGAUAGAAAGUCUCCGGCACAGGUAGUCAACGCGCAUCCUGAUCGCGAUAUCUAUUUCACCGAAUGUACCGGAAGUGGUAGUGACACCACGUGGAAGCGAGUUUUCCGAUGGAACUUCGUCAAUCUGUUUGUUGGACAACCUCGGGUAUUUGCCAGGACUGUUCUGUUAUGGAAUUUAGCUUUGGAUGAAAACCACGGCCCAGUAUUGACUACACCUGGAUGUUCACGUGGAUGUGGUUGCAAGGACUGUCGUGGCGUCGUUACUGUUCGCAACGACAAAUCUGGUUUCGAUAAAAACAUCGAAUAUUAUAUCAUACAGCACUUCACGAAAUUCGUACACAGAAACGCAAUACGUCUAGAAUCGACAAGUGACCUUGGAGAUGGAGGAACUCUUCAUUCGGUUGCUUUUAAAAAUCCUAAUGGUGACAUAAUCUUGAUCGUUAUCAACGACAGCUGGACCAGUAAACAAACUUUCCGAGUCACCAUUGGCAGGCACACGUAUAAAUAUACAGACAUACCAACCGAGGGUGCAGUUGUAUUUAGGAUAAGCGAGGCUGGUUCGACCAUUAUCGGUUAGA